CUGGAGGCGUUCAUAGCAGAAAUAUCCAGGCAUUUUCCCUGAUUGCCAUUGGAAUUCUGUUAAAGUAACCACGUCGCGUUGAUGUACAGCAUACCUAGUUAACUUAAAGUAUUGCAACUGUACCGCUAUCCAUCAAGUAACUCCGCGAUCUCCCCACCAAGCCCCUCUUCGCACGUUCUUACGUCGAGAUAAUCUUCCGACGAACUGGCGAGGUCUACUAGUAUCAGUACAUUGUAUCUGAUAAUCAAUCCAAGGAAAAUGCCGUUACUCUGAUCAGGAUUUGCGUCAGAUCUACUUUUGCAGUGCGGACCGCUCAUCCCAGCAUCUCUUCUGUUUGGAUAGACGUCAUCAAUACCUACCCUCUUUCGCAUAUCGUCAAAGCUUCCUACCCUUUUCCCCUCCAGGUGGACGAACGUUCUUCUGCAGGCCACCUUCUACCUAUCGCUGCUCACGAAUUUCACCCAAUAUGUCCCAAGAGAUACCGGAACAGCGCCGGCCUUCACAGGCUGAGAAUCAAACACUUUCCAAGUCAGACAUUUCUCUGAAGGAACGCUUCUUCCGCUAUUUUCAACAUGAGAUUAUAGCUCUCCAAGAACAGAUGGACCGUCUCGCGGAUACGUCCCUUGUGGCCGGGGAACGUUCCGAUGCGGCCGAUCACUGUCUGGCAGGCAUUGCGCGAUUGUCAAAUGAGGUCAAGGAUGCGUCCAGUUACAUACCCACGUACGAUCAGCGGAUAUAUGCAGAAGCCAUCAAAGCACUGCGUGACAAACUCACGGAAACGAAAGCCUCUGUCGCACCACGACAAAAGUUCUCGUUCAAAACGAAGAAGAACCCUUCUGCUGUUUCUUUAGUUGAUGCUGCGCAAAUUGCUGCCCAAGGUCGCCGUCAUAUUCCUGGUUACAGCUCUCCUGGACGGUCAUCACCGGACUCGUCGGCGACCACGACCCCUAAUUAUCCAUCCACACCUUUGUACGAGCCUGCGCAGCAGCAGAUGAGACCUGAAAUAGUACCAGUUUCAUCUCCUGUCUUUGAGGGAGGGGACAAGGAAGGAAUCACCAAUAUCGAUCCCAAAUGUUCCUCAAUACGAAGGCCAACUUUCUCGGCUGCCUCUUCAGUCACUGUUGACAAUCACUAUGGUCUCCAUAUCAUGCUUCCAGCGUCGGCCUCAAGUGCAACAGUUCCCGCAUCUAUUACAUCCUUGCGACAUUGUGUUGUAGAUAUGUCAAUCCCAACCGCCAAUGGGAAGCCAUACGCCAGCUUAACGGUGAAGGAUGUCCAGGAAAGCCUCUUGAUCUGCGGCCAGGUCAACGGUCCAGCACACAUCACGGGAGUCCAACACAGUGUUAUCCUCGUUUCCUGCCACCAGUUCCGCAUGCAUGAAUGCAAAGACGUCGACGUCUAUCUCAGCUGCAGCAGUAAUCCGAUCAUCGAGGAUUGCAAAAAUAUCCGGUUUGCAAGGAUACCAAAGGUAUAUGCCUUGGACCAGAACCAGCCCGAAGCUACCGACAAUUGGAACGAAGUCGAGGAUUUUAAAUGGAUAAAACUAGAGCCCAGUCCGAACUGGAGCCUUCUGGACCCCAACGACGCCGUACCUGAGGAAGUGUGGGCGGAGAUGGUCCCCGGCGGACCAUGCUGGUCUCUCGAAGACAUUUUGCGAGCCACAAAAGUACUAAACGAGUAAUACGGAGAAAACGACGUCCUUCUUUUUUUUUUUCUCUCUCUUAGCAUAACAUUCAAGGACAUAAUUUCAUCUUCACUCUCUUCUAAUUUAAGUCAUAAUUCCUGGACUUCAAAAUGAGCUCCUAGGAACUGGUCAGGUGGAUUUUGGAUAUUAGGAAAACGCAGAAUAUGGCUUGUGGCGCUGCGCGUGUGGUUUUAUAGUAUGGGAUUAGUAUCUCAUCUCCUGCAUACGUAGGAAUGCUUUCCUUCCAUAACAUGUAUUUAUGUACUGAAGCAACAAUACGAAUAUGUCGAGUUUA